AGGAACGGAGAGGUGGCCGGCUUUGUGUGCAGGACUAGGAGUGCAGCGGAGAGGAGAGCUGGGGGAGCCCAGGAGGGAGCUGAGAGGGCUGACGGUGUUGGAGGAGAGUGGAAUAGUGGGGGGUCCUCCUGGUGGCUGAGUCUUCUGGGGACAUAGACAAAAAUUCUAGGGGUGGUGGAGGUUAGGGAGAGAGUUGAGAGGGAGGGGAGAAGUGAGGAUGGGGGAACGGAGUCUAAACCUUAGGGAAGUCACUGAGUGACUUGCAGGAGGUUAGACGGGGCCUAGAGAAGGACCUGCUGAGGCCGACCAGAGGAGUUACAGUGGGGUCUGAUCUCAGCCACUCUGGCUGUGGAAUUUGACCUUGGAAUCAAGGAGGGGACAGAUGUGAAUGUGUGCAUCGCCUGUUUGCAUGUUACUGGUGUGCUGGUGUGUCAGUGUGUGUCUGCCUGCCUGCCUGCCUGCCUGCCCUCCUAUUCUGUGCCCAGAUGCUCUGGGCUACUGUUUUGAAAGUGGUCAGCAAAGUAGGGGGUUCAUGCUGUCUGGCCAUGAGGAAGUAGCUUCAUCCUUAGCUUCAGUUUCUGGUUGGAAGUAUCAUCUAGGAGCUGAGUGAGCGGAUUGGUCAGGAUUUCUGAAGCUGGUAAGAGGAAAGGCUGAGAGGAGCUGGCUGGACCCUUCCGGGUUUGUUUAUGUCUCUUUGGGAGAGGAUGGGGGUGGGGUUGCAGGCAGCAGCUGCCCCCCUCCCAACCCAGCCGGCCUGCCUUGUGCCAGGAGGGCAGGGAGUCCUGGCACAGCUAUUGUUCACUUGCACAAAUGCCUGUCUGUUUGCAUCGCUACCCCCCUCUCUCUCUUUCUGCUUGUCUCUCUCUCCUGGCCUGACAGGUGUGGCCGGGUAGGGGGCAGGCUGGGGUCCAGGAUGCUUGGGUCUCAGGGUCCCUAACCUGAUUUAUUCUUUGUGGCCCUUAGCAAUCCUCUUCUGUUUCACCCGUACCCACCCCCGUUGCCAGUGUCUCAUCUUCAUUCACCAAGCAAACAUUUAUUAAGUGCCUUUGUGUGUGCAGUGAUGUCUUUCUGUGUUGUUUCUAGCUUUGGCAUUAGUGUUUCCAUUUGGCUGCCUUCCCCUCAGCCUCCUGUCUUCAUCUUGUCCCGGGAAGCUCAUAAAGGAGCAGGGCCCGGCUGAGACCACCCCAAGCCCUCUUCUCAGUCCCACCGCCAGCAAUCCCUCACCUCUUCAUUUCCCAGCCCUAUAGCUCCUCCUCCAGGACUCAGUGCUCUUCAUAGCCAACGGUGCCUCUGUUGUCCAGGGGCUGAGCCACAGGUGACUCGAAUCCUGGCGGAACGCUCCAUAGGCUAUCCGGUCACUAUUACAGAGGGUGUGGACAGAGGUGUCACCAUCUUGGGGAAGGGGCUGCUGCCAGGUACAGCUGGAGGAUAGGUGAUUCUGAGUACUCUGUGACUCUCCCAGAAGUCUUGAUUUGGACAUACCUGAGACAGAAGCAAAGGCAGCUGAGAGAGCUGGGCAUGCUGACUCGCACCUGUAAUCCUAGCGUUUUGGAAGACCAAGGUAGCCGGAUCCCAUGAGCUCAGGAAUUUGAGACGAGCCUGGGCAACAUAGUGAGACCUCAUCUCUACAAAAACAUUAAGUUUUAAAAAUCUAUUAUUAAAAAAAAAAGUCAGAUGAGAGCUUAGGGCUUGCUUGGAGAAGCUCUACCUCGCCUGGGUGGAUCUGCCUGGCCUUGCUGCCCGCUGGGUGCACAGGAAGCCAAAGUCCUAGCCUUGGCAUUGCCUUCCCCUCCAUGUACGUCACUGUUUCCUCAUCCCUUAUUCUGGGAGACAAAGUGGAGAGAAGAGGGGAGACUGUCUGCCUUUGAGCUUUUCAGUAGAGAUCCACAAUGCCCUCUGCCAUUGCUCCCAUCUUUCUUUCUUUCUUUUUUUUUGGAGACAGUCUCGCUCUGUCACCCAGGCUGGAGUGCAGUGGCAUGAUCUUGGCUCACUGCAACCUCCACCUCCUGGGUUCAAGCAAUUCUCCUGCCUCAGCCUCCUGAGUAGUUGGGAUUACAGGUGCCCACCACCAUACCCGGCCAACUUUUGUAUUUUUGGUAGAGAUAGGGUUUUGCCAUGUUGGCCAGGCUGGUCUCAAACUCCUGUGGCCCUUAGCAAUCCUCAAGUGAUCUGCCCGUCUCUGCCUCUCAAAGUGUUAGGAUAACAGGCAUGAGCCACUGCACCCGGCCUGACCCCGUCUUUCUUUCCGAAAAGUGACUGAGAUCUGGGAUGACAGUGGAAGGAAGUUUGGGAUUGGUCUUCUGAAUUCCAGAGGAAACCCUCAGGGUCUAAACUCAAAGGAAAUAGGAGAGAAUGGCUUAGAGCCCUUCAGGAGGAGGGAGAAAAGAGAAACAAGAAGAGACAGAAGGUUCUAAAGCUCUGAUAAGGAAGGAAGAGGGUUCCCAGAGUAGGGGCCAGGGUGCUACUGAGACCCCAUGUCUUGGUGUCCAUACAUCCUUCCUUGUUUCUUUGCUUCCCUCCUUUUCUUUCAUUUUGAAACAUGUAUUGGGUGCCUGUUGUAAACCAGGUAUUGUGCUAAGGGCUUUCAUAUUCUUUAUUUAUCCUUGAUGUAGCAGUAGUGUGGAUGAAGGUGUGUAGCAAGAAGGACUUCCCAUGGGAUUUGUGAGAAAGAGACAGAAUGACUCUAGGGCUGAGCGUGGUGGCUCACGCCUAUAAUUCUAGCACUUUGGGGAGGUUGGGGCAGGAGAAUCACUUGAUCCCAGGAGUUCGAGACCAGCCUGGGCAACAUAGCAAGACCCUGUCUCUACAAAAAAAAUUAAAAAAUUAGGUGAGCAUCAUGAUGCAUGCCUGUGGUCCCAGCUAUUUGGAGGGCUGAGGUGGAAGGAUCACUUGAGCCCGGGAGGUCAAGGCUGCAGUGAGCCAUGAUCAUGCCAAUGUACUCCAGUCCAGGCAACAGAGUGAGACCCUGUCUCAAAAAAAAAAAAAAAGAAAAAAAAUGUCUCUAGAUGCUGGAGAGCAAAGGACUGAACCAAGCAGGAAGGGCCUCUGAGCACUGGGGUGGGUGUUAUGGAUUGUGGAGUAAUGGGCCCUUUUUCUUGGUGGAUAGGUUGGGUCUUGGAGGUAAAGGGCUGUCCUACUUGGGUGUGGGUAAAUGGGAGACCAAUGUGAUAAUCUUAAGAAUACCUGAAAAAGAGUAGGACAAAGAACCAAACAAGCCCACUCACUCCACUUCUGGAGCAGGCACCCCUGGUAAGCAGGCCCUGUGUCCUUCCAUCCUCAGAAGCCUGAGCCCUGGGGCGGGCACAGGCGACCUCCGGGACAAUAGCACUAGGCAGUGCCAGGGCCGCUUGCUGCUGGGCAGUGCCCGUGCUGGGAUGUGCUGCUGCUGUGGCUGCUGCCCGCUGCUGGCCCACCUAGAGCAGGGGUCACUUCGAGAGAGGGUGAGUGUUGGGAGGUGGAGGAGGCAGGGCCCAGAGUACCAGGGCUGUCUGUGGAGCAUUGAUGCCAGAGAUAGGAAGGGCCACUAGAGACCCUGUUCUCUGGCUGCCCCAGUCUUCUCCCUCCCUUUGCCACCCCAUCUGAGCUGGUCAGACAGAUGAGUGUUUGUGAAUGCCACAAGGGGAGGGUGGAGGGCAAAGGGCAGAGGUCAGUUGUGGAAGAGGGUACUUGUAGCAGCACUGGGGCACAGCUGCAGCACUGCCCAUUCUGGAGUGACCCUGGUCCAGCCAUGUUGUUUUUUUAAAUACUAUUUUCGGCUUGCUUGCUUUUAUUUGUGUUUAUUUUUUUUUUAUACAGAUGGGUCUUGCUGUGUUGCUCAGGCUGUUCUCAAACUCCUGGCCUCAAGCGAUCCUCCCACCUCAGCCCCACAAAGCGCUGGGAUUACAGGUGUGAGCCACCUCACCGGCCUCUUGCUUUUAUUUUACUUUAUUUUUUCUUUAUUUUUUUUUAAUUAUACUUUAGGUUUUAGGGUACAUGUGCACAAUGUGCAGGUUUGUUACAUAUGUAUCCAUGUGCCAUGUUGAUUUCCUGCACCCAUUAACUCGUCAUUUAGCAUUAGGUAUAUCUCCUAAUGCUGUCCUUCCCCCCUCCCCCCGCCUCUUGCUUUUAAUUCAAAUGUGAUACGUGCUCAAACUUGGUUUGUGUUGUAUAGAAGACUGGGAAGGCAGGAGAGGAGGAGCAAAGGGAGAGUGUAUGGCAGUGGGAAGAGAUAUUUGGGCUUGGUGUUUGAGGUCCUGUGAGGUUAUUAUUCAAAGGUGAAUUUGAACUUUUUUUUUUUUUUUUUGAGACAUAGUCUCACUCUGUGGCCCAGGCUGGAGUGCAGUGGCCCAAUCUCAACCCACCGCAACCUCCAACCUCCCCGGUUCAAGCAAUUCUCCUGCCUCAGCCUCCCAAGUAGCUGGGAUUACAGGUGCCUGCCACUACGCCCAGCUAAUUUUUUGUGUUUUUAGUAGAGAUGGGGUUUCACCAUGUUGGUCAGGCUGGUCUCGAACUCCUGACCUCAGGUGAUCCACCCACCUCGACCUCCCAAAGUGCUGGGAUUACAGGUGUGAGCCACCGCACCCGGCCUGAAUUCGAACUUCUAAACAGGUAUAAUUUGUCUCAAGAUAGGUGGAGGUUAGACCAAAGGGAGCAUUUUCUAGUGGUCCAGGUAGGCAGGUACCAGAAGAGAAAAAAGGAGGCCAGAACAGUUUAGAGGUUUGAGUUCGAGGCUAGAGGCAGCUCAGCUUCCUGAAUAAGCCUAGGUAGAGGAGCAGUUGGCCUGCGUGAGGAGGAGGGGAGGAGAGGCUGUGGGCGGGAGAGGAGAACAGUGGCAGAGAAGCAAGGCUGAGAAAGGGAAGGCAGAGUGGGAGGAGCCUAGGAGGGAGACCCUGAGAGGAGAAGGGAGGACAUAGAGAGAGCAGGAGACAGGAGGAGGAUGCGAACAAUGGAUGAUUGGGGAUGGGGAGGAUGUAUGAGGGGAGAAGGGAUUGACCCCAAGACCUCUGGGCUCUGGACAUCAUCAGGCAAACCUGGAGCUUGGGAAGAGAGGCAGGAAAGAGAAGGAUCUUGGGCCUAGGCACUGCAGCCCCAUGCCCUCUGUCCCUGCACUGUUGACUCAGCCCCUCCACACUUCCCCUUUCUUUCUACCCUUUUCUGCCACAAGCACCAGGCCCGUGAAUCUCUUCCCCUCCUCCACCUCUCAGCUGCUAGCGUGGCCUCGUGGCCUCGUGGCCUCGGCUGAGUCAGUACUGGUCUCCUAGAGUCCAGGCUGAGUGCUUCCCGCUGAGCUGUAAUCAUCUGUCCCCAGCCCAGGUCCUCUGACUUGGGGCUUCUACCCUCAGCCAUCUGGAUCCUGAUUUUUGAUUUCUGAGAGCCUGGGAAACCUUGGAGGGAGUGGUCUUCUCAGCUUAUAGUUCUACUCCAAGAGCAGAGGGAAAAUCCAGAGAUCGGAGGUCACAACUAAGGAAGGUCCUAGAAUAGUGGGAAGAGUGAUAUCCCCCUCUUCUCACCUUCUCAGGCUUUUUGGGAAUCACAGGGGCUUGAAGAGGGACGGAUUGGAGGUCAGGGAGAAUGACUUGACUUGCAGAGGCAGGGGCACUGGGGGAAGUGGGAGACAGCAGAGAUGGAAAAUGCAGCUCAGAGGCUCUGAGGAAGGCGUGCGCCAUCCCUGCAGAGAUCAACACUGAAGGAUGGAGGGUAGAUGUCAGAAAGGACUUCCUAGGAUGGGAGAGACCAGUUGGGUGAGGAGCAAUAGAGGAAACUCUCCUAGGUUUUAACUCUGGAGAGUAGUAUGAGAGGGAUAAAAGUUAGACUGCAGGAGAGAUUUUCUGCUGGAAGCAACCGAGAUGGCUGGCUGAGCUUCCUUACUUAAAGAUCCUAGAGUGGAAGAGUGACCCAAAGGCAGCUGCCUUUGCCUCAAGACCCGGGAAAAGGAGAAGAUGAAGGAAGCCAAGGAUGCCCGCUAUACCAAUGGGCACCUCUUCACCACCAUCUCAGUUUCAGGCAUGACCAUGUGCUAUGCCUGUAACAAGAGCAUCACAGCCAAGGAAGCCCUCAUCUGCCCAACCUGCAAUGUGACUAUCCACAACCGCUGUAAAGACACCCUCGCCAACUGUACCAAGGUCAAGCAGAAGCAACAGAAAGCAGCUCUGCUGAAGAACAACACUGCCUUGCAGUCUGUCUCUCUUCGAAGUAAGACAACCAUCCGGGAGCGGCCAAGCUCGGCCAUCUACCCCUCCGACAGCUUCCGGCAGUCCCUCCUAGGCUCCCGCCGUGGCCGCUCCUCCUUGUCUUUAGCCAAGAGUGUUUCCACCACCAACAUUGCUGGACAUUUCAAUGAUGAGUCUCCCCUGGGGCUGCGCCGGAUCCUCUCACAGUCCACAGACUCCCUCAACAUGCGGAACCGAACCCUAUCCGUGGAAUCCCUCAUUGACGAAGCAGAGGUAAUCUACAAUGAGCUGAUGAGUGACUUUGAGAUGGAUGAGAAGGACUUUGCAGCUGACUCCUGGAGCCUUGCUGUGGACAGCAACUUCCUGCAGCAGCAUAAAAAGGAGGUGAUGAAGCAGCAGGAUGUCAUCUAUGAGCUAAUCCAGACAGAGCUGCACCAUGUGAGGACACUGAAGAUCAUGACCCGCCUCUUCCGCACGGGGAUGCUGGAAGAGCUACAGUUGGAGCCGGGAGUGGUCCAGGGCCUGUUCCCCUGCGUGGAUGAGCUCAGUGACAUCCAUACACGCUUCCUCAGCCAGCUAUUAGAACGCCGACGCCAGGCCCUGUGCCCUGGCAGCACGCGGAACUUUGUCAUCCAUCGCUUGGGCGAUCUGCUCAUCAGCCAGUUCUCAGGUCCUAGUGCGGAGCAGAUGCGUAAGACCUACUCGGAGUUCUGCAGCCGCCACACCAAGGCCUUAAAGCUCUAUAAGGAGCUGUACGCCCGAGACAAACGCUUCCAGCAAUUCAUCCGGAAAGUGACCCGCUCCGCCGUGCUUAAGCGGCACGGGGUACAGGAGUGCAUCCUGCUGGUGACUCAGCGCAUCACCAAGUACCCGGUACUCAUCAGCCGCAUCCUGCAGCAUUCCCACGGGAUCGAGGAGGAGCGCCAGGACCUGACCACAGCACUGGGGCUAGUGAAGGAGCUGCUGUCCAAUGUGGACCAGGAUAUUUAUGAGCUGGAGAAAGGGGCCCGUCUGCAGGAGAUCUACAACCGCAUGGACCCUCGGGCCCAAACCCCAGUGCCUGGCAAGGGCCCCUUUGGCCGAGAGGAACUUCUGCGGCGCAAACUCAUCCACGAUGGCUGCCUGCUCUGGAAGACAGCGACGGGGCGCUUCAAAGAUGUGCUAAUGCUGCUGAUGACAGAUGUACUGUUGUUUCUCCAGGAAAAGGACCAGAAGUACAUCUUUCCUACCCUGGACAAGCCCUCAGUGGUAUCGCUGCAGAAUCUAAUUGUACGGGACAUUGCCAACCAGGAGAAAGGGAUGUUUCUGAUCAGCGCAGCCCCACCUGAGAUGUACGAGGUGCACACAGCAUCCCGGGAUGACCGGAGCACCUGGAUCCGGGUCAUUCAGCAGAGCGUGCGCAUAUGCCCAUCCAGGGAGGACUUCCCCCUGAUUGAGACAGAGGAUGAGGCUUACCUGCGGCGAAUUAAGAUGGAGUUGCAGCAGAAGGAUCGGGCACUGGUGGAGCUGCUGCGAGAGAAGGUCGGGCUGUUUGCUGAGAUGACCCAUUUCCAGGCCGAAGAGGAUGGUGGCAGUGGGAUGGCCCUGCCCACCCUGCCCAGGGGCCUUUUCCGCUCUGAGUCCCUUGAGUCCCCUCGUGGCGAGCGGCUGCUGCAGGAUGCCAUCCGUGAGGUGGAGGGUCUGAAAGACCUGCUGGUGGGGCCGGGAGUGGAACUGCUCUUGACACCCCGAGAGCCAGCCCUGCCUUUGGAACCAGACAGCGGUGGUAACACGAGUCCUGGGGUCACUGCCAAUGGUGAGGCCAGAACCUUCAAUGGCUCCAUUGAACUCUGCAGAGCUGACUCAGACUCUAGCCAGAGGGACCGAAAUGGAAAUCAGCUGAGAUCACCGCAAGAGGAGGCGUUACAGCGAUUGGUCAACCUCUAUGGACUUCUACAUGGCCUACAGGCAGCUGUGGCCCAGCAGGACACUUUGAUGGAAGCCCGGUUUCCUGAGGGCCCUGAGUGGCGGGAGAAGCUGUGCCGAGCCAACUCUCGGGAUGGGGAGGCUGGCAGGGCUGGGGCUGCCCCUGUGGUCCCUGAAAAGCAGGCCACGGAACUGGCAUUACUGCAGCGGCAACAUGCGCUGCUGCAGGAGGAGCUACGGCGCUGCCGGCGGCUAGGUGAAGAACGGGCAACCGAAGCUGGCAGCCUGGAGGCCCGCCUCCGGGAGAGUGAGCAGGCCCGGGCACUGCUGGAGCGGGAGGCCGAAGAGGCUCGAAGGCAGCUGGCCGCCCUGGGCCAGACCGAGCCACUCCCAGCUGAGGCCCCCUGGGCCCGCAGACCUGUGGAUCCUCGGCGGCGCAGCCUCCCCGCAGGCGAUGCCCUGUACUUGAGUUUCAACCCCCCACAGCCCAGCCGAGGCACUGACCGCCUGGAUCUACCUGUCACUACUCGCUCUGUCCAUCGACACUUUGAGGACCGAGAGAGGCAGGAACUGGGGAGCCCUGAAGAGCGGCUGCAAGACAGCAGUGACCCUGACACUGGCAGCGAGGAGGAAGGUAGCAGCCGUCUGUCUCCGCCCCACAGUCCACGAGGUGAGACCCUGGCGGAGACAUGGACCAGAGACUUUACCAGAAUGCAGGACAUCCCGGAGGAGACGGAGAGCCGCGACGGGGAGGCUGUAGCCUCCGAGAGCUAAGGGGGCCCCUCCCCCCUGCCCUGUGCCCCACUGAAGAACAUUACUGAGUGGGGCUAACCUUGGGGACUCCAAUUUGCCAAUGAUGAGGGAACAUUUCAAAGAACUGCAAAUUGUCCUUGCCAGCUCUUGGGAUCCUUGGAUACCUGGGGCCAUUUAAGAAGCUGGGGGAAUUAGGCCACAACACCCCCUGGGGCAUCCGAAAGCUGCACCACAGAUGCCAGUGGUUCAUGCCUUCUUCCCCCAACUUUAGGAGAAUUUAUUUAUUUAUUGUUUAUUAGUUAUGGGGGGAGAGGGGAGAUUUAAAGGACCAGGGACAUGGGAACCAAGCCAUAGGGAUCAGAGGGCCUUGUCCUUGAACACUACUGGGGUAUAUUCAGGCUCAUCCACGCAGCUGCCGGGUUCUUGCCCUAACGGCCCUCCCCUGCAACACCCGUCUUGGAGGAGAGGCUGCAGCCACAGCACCCUACUGCCCUUUAAAUAAAGGAGGGCUGUGGGCAGGGCCAUGUCCCUUUCUCCUCUCCCCUCAACCUCUUACUGCUGUUCUCCCUUCUCCAUCCUUCAUGGAAGCCCUGGGAGAUAACCUGGCUUCCUGAAGUUGAUGGAAUAAAGGUUGGAGUGGCCACAAUGGUUUGUUGGGGGUGAGGGAAAAAACCCACAGGGACCAGAAUGUUUUGUUGUUGUUUUGUUUUCUUUUUUGUACCAAAGUCAACUGCACGUGUUUUAUAUUUUUAAGAGAUUGUAGGCAAUUAGAGAUCGAAGCCUCCUAUCUCCACAUCUCUGAAGAAGUUGAGGGGUGGGGGAGACAAUGACUUCUGCCUUCAUCUGCAGUAACGGGGGGACCUAUACUGACCUCUUCCCCAGCCAUUUGGAAACAAGUUCUAGAGUGGGUUGGGAAAUCUCCAGGAGCCCUGACCUCAUCUUCCACCUCAGCAACCAUGACCUGAAACCUCAGCGUGAAUUUGGGGGAUUUUUCAGUGGAACCCCUGCCCCCAAAUGUCGACCAGCCCCAGUUUUUUUUUUCUUGCCAAUUUUGUUGUUUAAAAAAAAAUUCAGGGAAAAUUAAAAACCUGGAACUCCA